GGCCUAUGGAAGUAAUCGACUAAAUUCAUAGAAGCAUUCGAGGGCCACUCCCGGAGGAGAGGGAACGAGACAGCAUUCUCCCAAUUAAGCAGUCUUCCCUCUCUCAGGCGCGACAUCCUUCUUUAUCCUGACCCAAAGUCUCCAACACAUCCCACAAGCCAGAAUGGAGGCCCGACCCCUCGUGCAGCCUCUGCUGCGCUCCAUCAGCAGCACAUGUACCUCCACGAGUACAAGAGCAGCAGUAGUAACAAUCGCCUCUAUACCACGACGGCACCAAUCCUCGACAUCCCGCACAAAGCGCGCCUUGAAGAUCGCCCCUCACCCCUCCUUCUUCCCCUCCUCGGGCGAAUCCACGCAGGUCAUCUACAACCCGCCGUCCUCCAUGCCCUCCGUCUACCACACGCCCUUCAAAUUCCUGCCUCCGAGCGACCCCCGGCGGAAAGCCAAUCUCGCCCAGCUCUUCCGGUCCUCCGCCGACGCCUCCUCUUCGAAGUCGGCCCUCCCCCCCGAGCUCAAGGACCACGAGCGCAAGUACAACGUGACGCGGGAGCAAGUGGACGAGAUGCGCGAGCUGCGGGCCACGGACCCCGAGCGUUGGAGCGUGCUGAAGCUGGCAGAACGCUAUGGCUGCGCCCCGUAUUUCGUCAUGAUGUGCUGCCGCGCACCGGACGAGCAUCGCGAGCGGGAACGCGCGAUCCUGGGCGCUGUUAAGGAACGGUGGGGUCCCAUUCGCACGGCUGCUCGCCAGGAGCGGAAGAAGCGCAGGGACUUGCUGCAUAAGGAUCUAUUAUAGGCGUGCUAAGCUACCUAUCUAUGCGUCUACCUAUUCGCCUAUGCAUAUCCCUCCCUAGUACCUAGCUGCCUCGAUCUGCCAUAAUACAAGAGGGUUGGCGGGGUACCUUGGCUUUCUAUCCCCUGUGAGAAGUGGAACGGAACGGGAAUGGUAGUCAAUUCUUACCUGCUAAGAUGAGAUAGAGGCCAGGAUCUGGUUAGGAAAUCUGCUAUAUACCAUCGGUCCCAAGUGAGGUGACUUGUAUCUAUACGUAUGUAUAUAGUAAGAGGGGAUUGGGGACGAGGCGGACGACUAACGAGUGAAACCGGAUGGAUACAAAGAUCAGAUCACAGCCCUAGGCCAGGAAGCAGACCUACAUGUAUCACCAGACCUUAAAAACAAUAAAGUUAUACAUCGCCAACGAGCCAGUAUAGGAUAUGUCAUCAUCAACAUUGAACUGACGCAUCUCAGACACCCAAUAAGAACCAAUACCUUAUAUCCGAGAGCUAUUUUCUUUCUUGAGCGCAUAAAUCAUAUUUAUACCUCCACUU